UCGAUUUAGUAUUGCGGUGUCUUUCAAAUGAAACAUAAUAAAUGAACAGUUAAAGAGCUGAGCUGAGCUGAGCUGAUCGACGGACGAAAAAGUUAGAGCAAAUUAAGCGAAAGUUGAAAGAACGUAAACUGUGCAUUGUAGCUGAGUAUUUGAAAAUUUCUUAAUUCAAGGCAGCAAAAAUCGGAGAAUAAAUGAAAUUGCCGCUUGUUGACUGAUUGAGAAAAGUGAAAACUAAAAUUGGCUUUACUGGCAAAUAAAAGAAAAACGAUCGAAUUCUCAUUAAUAUUAAAUUGCAAUAUGUUUUAGUUCAAAUGAAAAAAAAAGUAAAAAUGUAUGCAAACUGUUCGUUGAGUUGAAUAUCAAUUCGAAAGCUAUUUUUGGGCAGUGAUCAUCAUUACUUUGCUGCUAUCGAAAGAACUGUUAAAAUAUAAACAAUUAAAUAGAAACUGUUAAGGUUGCAGAAAGACAUUACAAUAAAAAUAUAGACAAUUUAAUUGCUGGUGCAAUAUUUUUUCUAAAUAACAAAGCGAUUAACAACAACAAAAUGUAUAUAUCAAACUCCACCGGUGGCCUGAUGCUGCAGACGAUGCUGUAUUUGGCCAACCAGACCAGUAGAGCGGCGGUGAAUACGUUGGUUGACCUGCCGCCAGCGCAGAAGAGUGAUUUGAAUAACGUCCGGUGCUAUGGCGUCUAUGGCUGUUUUCCAUUGGAUGGUCCUUGGACCACCGAGACCCGUCAGAUCAACGUACAUCCACAGAAACCUUCCGAAAUAGAGCCACAUUACACGCUUUACACAAGCCGAAGCAUGAAAAAUCCGAAAUUCAUAGACCUAAAUGAUCCGGAGGCGAUAACGCAAAUGGGCAUCAAUCCAGUGGGAAAGAUUUUCUUCAUCUCACAUGGUUACUUAGAAAAUGGCAAUAUCGAUUGGAUGAGAGAGUUGUGCAAAACUUUGCUGCACAGCGAGGCCGAGGGUGAUGCCGCUGUUGUGCUGAUCGACUGGGGCGGCGGUUCCAGUCCACCCUAUGUGCAAGCCGUUGCGAAUAUACGACUCGUUGGUGCCAUUACCGCGCAUGUCAUUCACAUGAUUUAUGAAGAACUGCACUUACCGAAUCUGCGCAAUGUGCACGUAAUCGGCCACUCGCUUGGCUCGCAUUUGGCUGGCUAUGCCGGCUAUCAUUUGCAACAAGAUUUCAAUUUGAAGCUCGGACGCAUAACUGGCUUGGAUCCGGCGGCGCCACUCUUCUCUGAAACUGAGCCGAUUGUGCGCUUGGAUCGCUCCGAUGCCGAGUUUGUCGAUGCCAUACAUACGGACGCCAAUCCAUUGAUGAAAGGUGGUUUGGGCAUUUAUCAGCGUGUCGGCCAUGUUGAUUUCUAUCCCAAUGGCGGUUCUGAUAAUCCUGGUUGUGACGUGCGUUUGCACGAUUAUAUGAAAGGACGUUCAAGUUCCGUUUUGACCAGCAUGCAAGAGUUCCUGAGCUGCAACCACAUUCGUAGUUAUCACUACUUCACGGAGAGCGUGGAGAGCGAGUGCCCCUUCAUGGGCAUCAGUUGCGAAUCGUAUGAAGCAUUCAAGGCGGGACUGUGCGGACGUUGCGAUGAAGAUGGACAAGUCUGCAUGCGUAUGGGUCAUCAUACCUACACGGACUACAAGGAGCUGUCAGCGGCUGGUUUGAUAGACACACAGAAGCCACCCGUGUUGUACCUGAUGACGGGCGAUAAGAAGCCCUUCUGUCGCUAUCACUACCGCAUCACAGUGCGCGUUUCCGGUCACGAUCAGAGUAGCAUGCAUGGUGGCGAGAUUGGCACCAUCUCUGUGCGUCUGCACUCCAGCACGAAUAGCAAAAAGCCAGCGGAUUCUGUGCGUUUCUCCGAGAAGGCCAUGUACUUUGAGCCGGGCUUCGAAUAUAGCGCAAUGGUGCUGGGCAAGCAAAUGCGCAAUCCGGUGCCACGUGCCUCUGUUUACUGGGAAUAUCAAACGAAUUUCCUGAAUCCACUUACGUGGCGUAUACUCUCUUCGCCGCGCAUUUACCUCGAUUAUAUAAUUAUUGAGUCGCUGGAGAAUCCCGAUAUGCAGUUGCAGCUGUGUCCACUCAACCAGAACGCUGUGAUAUCCGGCGUGGAAAAUAUAAUGCAGGAGAAGUAUUGCAAAUGAUGCUCUCGCACACACACAAAAGCGUACGUAGAGCAGCCGCUAAGUGAGAAGGUGCUUCCGGUGUUGAAGUAACUACGUUAAAAUGCAUUUAAUUGAGCGCUAUGCCACGCGCUCUCCCUCUCACUCUCGCUCGCUCUCUGUCUCUGGAAAUACAAUUCAUAUAUGCCAACAAACUGAUAAGAAGAUAUAAGAAGAAGAAGAACGCUUAUCGUAAUUUCUGUACCGCUAACGAGAUACAACGCAGCAAGUCUACAAAAACAAUAAACGGCGCCCUCUAGCAGCUCACAAGUGAAGUUUGGUACAGCGUGUGCGAUUUGGAGAGAGCGCCCAUCUGGCUGCCGUUAGCGAAGUCAUCUACCUAAUUUUAUACAGCUCAUAGCGCAGAGUCGUAGUGGAGAGUUUGAUACUUGUAUGAAAUGAACUCUCCGCUAGUAGUGGAGAGUUGAAUAGUUGCAUGAAAUGAACUCUCCGCUUAGUAGUGACACACACCAUUUCGGUAGCGCUUGUACUUAUCACAUUUCGGGCCAGAAUUUCCUUUAUAUUAUUUCCUGGGAAGACUUCGAACUGUUCCUCAUCCACCAGCCUUCCGUUCGCAGGAGCAAAUCAAUUCAGUGAUUUGAGAAAUUCCUAUAGGAAUUUUAAGUCCAUUUGUAAAUAUUAACACACAUAUGUAUAUACACAUACUGACACCCAUACAUGAUGAUACACAUUCAUACAUAAAUACAUCCAUACAUGAACGCCCGCAUAUCCAUUACCUGGUUUCAGUAUAACGCUAAUAUUUAUUGAAUUAUUUAUACGAACUUAUAUUGUACCUAAUUUAUUUUUAAGUAAUACAAUGAAAUAUAUAUAUACACACACACACACACACACAUGUA